UGGGGGGUGGGAUUAAAGUCUGCAGGUGACUUCAGGGAGAGCCAGUGCAGCAGAAAGUGUUUCAUUUGUGCCAAUAUGUUGCAAAAAAUCAUUAACCUGACUGUAAGGGACGUCAGGUUUCCGACGUCUUUGGAGCAGCACGGCUCAGAUGCAAUGCACACCGACCCGGAUUACUCAGCCGUGUACGUGGUCCUGGACACGGACAGCGGGCUGAAAGGCUUCGGCCUCACCUUCACGUUGGGGAAAGGAACCGAGAUCGUGGUGUGUGCUGUCCAGGCUCUGGCAGGACUGAUUGUUGGGACAUCCUUGCAGGACAUUGUGAGCAACUUUCGGGGGUUUUACCGCCUGCUGACCAGUGACGGCCAAAUGAGAUGGCUAGGCCCAGAGAAAGGGGUGAUCCACCUGGCUACUGCUGCGGUCCUGAACGCUGUGUGGGACCUGUGGGCUCGGGCGGAGGGCAAGCCUCUGUGGAAGCUGCUCGUCGACAUGGAUCCCAAACAGAUCAUCUCGUGCAUUGACUUCAGAUACAUCACCGAUGUGCUGACAGAGGAGGAAGCCCUCGACAUACUUGUGAAAGCAAAAGGAGGAAAGCAGCAGAGAGAGGAAGAGAUGCUGAGUCAGGGUUAUCCUGCUUACACCACCUCCUGCGCAUGGCUCGGCUACUCUGACCAGCAGCUCAAACAGCUUUGCACAGAUGCUCUUCAAAACGGUUGGACCCGGUUUAAGGUGAAGGUUGGCGCAGACCUAGAGGAUGACAUUCGGAGGUGUCGUCUCAUCAGGCAGAUGAUUGGAGCUGAUAACACACUGAUGAUCGAUGCCAACCAGAGAUGGGACGUAGCCGACGCCAUCAGCUGGGUGACCAGACUGGCUGAGGUCAAACCUCUUUGGAUCGAGGAGCCCACGUCUCCAGACGACAUCCUGGGUCAUGCAGCAAUUUCCAAGGCUUUGGCUCCGCUUGGAAUUGGAGUGGCGUCCGGCGAGCAGUGUCACAACAGGGUGAUGUUCAAGCAGUUCCUGCAGGCUUCAGCACUGCAGUUUGUUCAAAUAGACAGCUGUCGGCUGGGCAGCGUCAACGAGAACCUGGCCGUGCUGCUGAUGGCCCACAAGUUCAAAGUGCCCGUGUGUCCUCACGCCGGAGGAGUCGGCCUGUGUGAGCUUGUCCAGCAUCUCAUCCUGUUUGACUACAUCUGCGUGUCGGCGGAUCUCAGCGGCCGAAUGUGUGAAUAUGUGGAUCACCUCCACGAACAUUUCGCCAGUCCUGUGGUAAUAAGGAACGCCCGCUACAUGCCCCCCAAGGAUCCAGGCUACUCCUGUGAGAUGCUGGAGUCAUCAGUGAGGAGACACGAGUACCCGAACGGAGACGUCUGGAAACUACAAAUCCAGAAAUGAGGACGUUCCAUCUUCAACGUUUCACGAUUAAAGAGCACCUACUUAGCAAAACUGAAAUCUAAACGGCAUAAACAAAG